AUGUCUGGAUCUGUCGACGGCUGCUCCCUGAGUAAAGUUGUGCAACGAAUCAUCGACAGCAACAGCAGCAUAGCAAAUGACAAGCCGCUCACACGCAUGGUGUUGUGUGGUUCUCCUGGUUCCACUGUCCUGACUCUGUUGGCGUCCAACCUGACCUGGGUUUCCAGUGACCAGCCCAACUCCGCCGUCUGCCAACCGAACUCCACUCUGGUUCAAUGUGAGGUGAAGGAGACACUCGCUGUUCGUCUGACUGACAGUUGUCCUCCGGAACCGUCCACAACCACGCACGGCAUUUCCCCGACAACAACCGGCACUCCUGAAUCCUCAACACCGUCCAUCACCAACAACAACCAACAAACUAACGCGACAACCGACUUCACCACAGCAGCGCAACAGACAAAUGCAACACAAGGAAUAGCUCAGCCUGACACGACAACUUCACCCACAACAAGUUCGGCUACAAAUUCCACAGCUGGACCAGGGACAACGAUGAGCCAAGAGGCCAAAGAGGAGCUGGCGAACAGGAUACUGGAACAAACUCAGGAUGCGUCGCAGCUCGACUCCUCUCAGGUGGACACGGUAGCGGACCAGCUGGAGAGGCUGCUGGACGGCCCGUCUGUCUCUAGGUCUGUGGGACAAAAAGUCGUCAACAUCGUCAGCAACUUGAUGGAGGGCGACGCUGGGGCCCUCUCCGGGUCGGCUAAUAGGCUGAUUCGAGUCGUGGACACCGUGGGUCUGAAGCUGGCCGUCAGCGGCGACCGAGGGAUCCUCUCGGCACAGUCACUGGUUCUGGCCGUCAGGACGGUGGAUGGAACCAACUUCCCGACAACAUCUGUUGACAUCUUCAACACGGAUAAUGUCCAGCUUCGUGGUCUCGGAAGGACCAGGUCCAAGAGGUCGGCUUCUGCUCUGGGCUCAGUGUUCCUGCCCUCCACCCUGACUGCAGGUCUCAGUCCUGAGCAGCAACAACAGGCCAGCAGGGUCCAAUUCACCUUCUACACCAAAAACACCUUUUUCCAGGACCCAUCAUUAGAAAACACAACCGUCGUCAGUCCAGUUCUGGCCUCCAGUGUGGCCAACUUGUCAAUAAGCAACUUGAGUGAGGACAUUCAGUUCACCAUCCAAAACACAAACCCUGCAACCGGAAACUUUACGGCUUCCUGUGUAUUUUGGGACUUCACUCAGAAUGCUGGUGAUGGAGGCUGGAGCUCUGACGGCUGCUUUGUGGUCAACGCCACGUCGGAAAAAACAAUUUGCAGCUGCAAUCAUCUGACGUCAUUUGCAAUACUCCUGGAUUUGUCCAGAGAAGGAAUAAUCGAUCGUGAGCACGCACAAAUCCUAACUUUCAUCACCUACAUCGGCUGUGGAGUCUCUGCUAUUUUCCUUGCCGUCACUUUACUGACGUACCUUUCAUUUGACAAACUGAUGCGAGACAUUCCGGCCAAGAUCCUGGUGCAGCUCUCCUUUUCCCUGCUCUUCCUCAACCUGGUGUUCUUAUUGGACGGCUGGCUGGCGCUCUACCCGGCGGUCGGGCUGUGUAUCAGCACCGCCUUCUUCCUGCACUACUUCCUGCUGACCACGUUUACCUGGGCCGGGCUGGAGGCGCUGCACAUGUACCUGAGCAUCGUCCGGGUGUUCACGCCUUACCUGAGCAAAUACAUGCUCAAGUUCUCCCUGAUAGGCUGGGGUGUUCCUCUCAUCGUGGUGAUCAUCAUAAUCGCAGUAGAUAAAGACAACUACGGUUUGGUGACGUAUGGAAAAUACACAGAUGGCACUUCAGACGACUUCUGUUGGCUGCGUAACGACAUCGCCUUCUACGUGGGCGUGGUGGCGUACUUCCUGGCGAUCUUCGCCGUGUGCCUAGUGGUCUUCAUCGUCGUCAUGAUCCAACUGACUCGGAUCAAGAAGCAGAACCCUCAGAACCAGGCUCCGAACCGAGGCGUGAUGACGGACGUGCGCAGCGUCAGCGGCCUCAUCAUCCUGCUCGGCCUCACCUGGGGCUUCGCUCUGUUCGCCUGGGGGCCGCUCUACCUGCCCUUCGUUUACCUCUUCACCAUCUUCAACUCUCUGCAGGGUUUCUUUGUCUUUGUUUUCCACUGUGCUAUCAAGGAGAACGUCAGGAGGCAGUGGCGGACUUACCUCUGCUGCGGGAGGCUGCGAUUGGCCGAGAACUCUGAUUGGAGUCGUACGGCCACUCAGAACCACAGGAACCUGUCGAUGGCCACGGCCUUCACCUCAGCUCCAGACCUUUCCUCUCAAAGGUCCUCUGUCGUCAGUGAUAUCACCAAUAGCAGUGGGUCUGUUUUUGUAGACAGCGGAAUAUCGGACGGCACCAACAGCGACGUCGUCUUCAACGAUCUCCACAGACGAAACACGUUUUCACAGGGCGUGGUCUGA